AUGGACCAGCUUGAAACGGGCGAGCGCGUCAGGACCGGCGACGGCGCGUUUAGCGACGUCGUCAUGUGGACGCACCGCGACGCCGGGUGGCGCGGUCGCAACUACGUGCGUGUCGCCCUGGCGGACGGCCAGAGCCUCGUCGCGGCCGCCGGCCAUCUCGUGUACGUGUGGCGCCAGGGGCGCGAGGCGCGCGAGGUGCGCGCUGUCGAGCACGUGCGCGCCGGCGAUGGUAUGCUGGCCGUGCGGAAGGGCGCCGCCGGGGGGAGCGCCGUCGUGAGAGUUGAAGCCGUCGACAGGGUCGCCGCCGCCGGCUUGUUUAACCCGCAGACGCUGCACGGCGACAUCGUCGUCGACGGCGUCCUCGCCACGUGCUACACGAAGGCCGUCGACAUGCGCGUCGCCCACGCCCUCCUGGCCCCCGUUAGAUGCGCCGCGCGCAUCCUCACCGCAUCCGCAUGGCAGCUAAGGAGCGCGGAUGCUCGCGUGGCCCGGAAUUGACGCUGCGAGGCGGCCGCUCGCGUAGGUGCUACACAGGGUAGUAGACAAUGUGUUGGUCGUUACGGUAAAAGCCGCCCGCCCGCCGGCGUGCGCGUGGGCGAUA